CAUCACUUCCCCCCCCCCAAAAACACAACCCUAAUUCUGCAUUGGUGGACCACGGGUGUCAUUUCUUCUCUGUGAAUCAUCGCAUUAUUGCUAUAAGUACUGGCCUCGGCUAAUUCAAUGCUCGACCAGAGCUGACGUGGGCGCGCAUUGCCAUUUCGUGGACUCCAUUCACGCCAUGACUGCCUAAAGUUCUCAUCUUCAAGUUCCAAUUUGCCUCCAGCACAUACAGAAAACUUUCUUAUUGUCAGGAAUCACCUAGAUAGUCAUGGAGAAUUCCCAGAGAGCACGGAAACGGCAGAAGACGGCGGAAGUGCCGGUCAGUUUAUCCUACUUCUACUGCCUUUGGGUCCUCCCUCCGGCCGGAAAGCAUCGCUAACAUGCACAUCCAAUAUGCAGGGAGAUGAACUCGUUCAAGAAUUACGAAACGUCCAAGAUGAAGCUGCAGUCUCCCAACUGCAAUUGAAAAACACUCAGUCUAACAUACCGACUGCGAAUGAAACAACACCGUCCUCGUCCCACUCCCUCGCCUUCGAGUCGAGCUUUACCUUCGAAGAGCCAAACAUCCCAUCUCAUGCGACCCAACAUGAUUAUGUUCUUGAUCUCACCAAAUAUAUACCAGUUGGCAGUUUAAGGAUUCGAAAGCAGGACUUUUCGCCAUCUUCUCAGAAUCUGUGGAAAUCUUGCCGAGUCUGGGGGGCACUUUCACAUCCACGAGAUGUUUAUAAUCCGAGAGCUGGGCCCUUCAUACCAAAUUUCUUCCAGGACGAGCUUCUCAGUUCGGCUGUAUCGUCAUACAAGAAUCUCCAUAUAGCUGGUGUAAGACUGCCUUGCCACUUUCAUAUUUCCGUCCCACUCUCAUUUUCAUAUUCAUUUGUUUUUGUUUUUUCCUAUUCAGCCACCUGUUCAUCUUUCAUUCUCUCCUGAUGGUAGUAUUCUGACCCCACCAAAAUCUAGUGGAUACGUAUGGAGUGCAAGACACAGGAGAAUCAUGGUCAGGUUCGAGUGUAUAUCUUGCCGGAUGAUGUUGGGAGAGCUGCGAUUGAAAGAGACAGCGCCUCAUUGCGCCGAUCCAUGCACAACUUGCUUGCGAAUUUGGACAUCUCUCACCUCACUUGGAACGGGCAUUGGUCAGACAAUCUUCCCGUUAUUCACGCAUGGUCUUCCCUAAGUCGGAAUACCGCAGAGAAUGAAGCAUCGCUCUUUCAUGUUUUCAAUACUCUCCCCUCCCCAAAACCUACACCUGAUGAAGUCACCGAUGCAUAUGCCAAAGAGGCAAUGGAACAACUUUUGGCAAGUGAUCUUCUGGGGUUGAAAACAAAGCUUCACCGUUAUCAAUCUCGAUCGGCCGCUCUGAUGCUUCAGCGUGAGGUUCAACCCGCGAUCAUCAUUGACCCUAGACUUAGACAUGUCGUUGAUCAAAAUGGCACUGCAUGGUACUAUGAUGAAAGUGCGGGCAUUUGUCUUCAGAACCCCCGCACCUACGAGACAGCACCAGGUGGAAUUUGCGCAGAGACUAUGGGCUUAGGUAAGACCUUGAUUUGUCUUUCUUUGAUUCUGGCCACUCGACAUCUUCCAAGUCGAAUUCCCGCAGAGUAUUCAAUAGGAAUGAUUCCGGUUCGCAAAAAGACUGGUAGUCUGAAGGAUAUGGCUGCUUGUACUGCUGGGCGAACAAGUACUCCCUGGAAGCAGUACUUUUUGCAACAAAGUUCUGAUGGUUAUGACAUGUGUGAAUGUAUCAAGGCGUUGAGAGCUGGAGCUGGUCAUUAUUUCCUUCCCUGCCCUCCACCUCGACGAGCCACCCGUAACCCCAUCGAAACCCCGCCACGCAAGAUCUGGCUUACUGCUGCUACUAUCGUGGUCGUGCCCGCCAAUCUGGUUCAACAGUGGGUUCAAGAAAUUAAAAAGCACACCGAGAGAUUGAAGGUUUUAAUUAUGAAAAAUGGAAAAGAAGAACUACCUCCCGCAGAAAAGCUCGCCGAAUUUGACAUUAUUCUUUUUACCAAGCCACGUUUCGACCGAGAGUCCAAAGAUGGUCUGGACUCACAAGGCCGGAGUAUUGCAGUCGCGAACAGAGGCUGUACAUGCCCUUACAUUGGUGCCACGAGAACUCGUGAUUGUACAUGCUUCAGAAUUGACGGUGUUUAUCGAUCACCAUUGAAAGACUUACACUUCAAGAGGCUGAUCACCGAUGAGGGUCACAACUUUGGCAAUGCGUCAAAAAAUCAGAAGACUGAAGCAAUGGUUGUUCUUGAUGGUCUGCAACUUGAUGCUAGAUGGAUCGUAUCUGGAACACCCACGCAAGGUUUGUAUGGUGCGGAAGUUGGUAACAGUACAUCUCAAGCCUUCUCGACUCCAGUAUAUACCCCAGCAAGCACGGAGAGUGACUCCGGUAGUAAUAUGGUUCUCGAGGACAGCCAUGCACGUGAAGUUGAGCUCUUGCUGUAUCAACAAGAGCGAAAAGACUUGGAAAAGCUCGGUAAUAUUGCGACUACAUACUUGAGGGCCAGACCUUGGGCCACAUCAAAAGAAGAGAACGAGAAUGCAUCUUGGACUCAAUAUGUUCUGCAACCCCGACAUGGUCAGAAGAGCCGUGGCAGUAUGGAAUGUUUGAGAGCCACCUUGGAGAGUAUGAUUAUUCGUCAUCGUCCGGAAGAUGUUGAGCAGGAUGUUGUCCUUCCUCCUUUGAAGAUUGAUACGGUGUAUCUUGAGGGGUCGAUUCAGGAUAAGUUGUCACUUAACAUGUUUACGUAAGUGAUCCUAGUUUUACCAAAGCUGAUCAUUAGUUUUCCCGAUGUUCUUGAGACAUUGCAAUCAUUCGACUCGGCUUUGAGUGACGUGAAUUCUCGAUUCUUCCAAAACAUCCAUCGGAAUACACAAGCUGACUUGAACACAAGAACUCUGAUCGUGUCCAACGCCAUCACAUCUGAACGAACGGAUGCUGAUUACUUCUUCAAUCGUGGCAAUAAAGAUGCGCUUAAAAGUUUGUUUGCAAACAUGCGUGAGGCGUCAUUCUUCUGGUCAAACAAACCACCUUCAGAAUCAGAGACCACCUUGAAGAUUUGUCAGGAUUAUCUCGAAAACCCUGAUAACAAUCUCACUCCCGAAGAUCGAGCUUUACUUCAGCAGUCUAUCAUAGCGGGCCAAAGGCUGAUUUCGAAUGACAUUGCUAAAGCUGCGAACAAAUACCACGAGAUGCCAAUGUUUGUCGAGAAUAACUUGUCUGACGAUAUCCGGAUGGCAAUGUCCUUAAAUAGAACAGCCAAAACCCCAACCUUAAUGGGAGCUACCAUGAUAAAUGCCGCUCAAAACUUUGUUGAUUCGCACAUGUCAAAAGAGGAUCCUUGCGAAGGUUUGGUUGGAGAAUGUCUCGCUACUCGAAGCAAGAUGACCGCUGCGAAAGAACAGAUUCUAAAUACUUCAUCCAAAAAAAGAAAGAAAGGCUCUGCGGCCCUAGGCAGGACUAUCACUUCAUCUUCCGCCUCAGCCGCUAUAUCUGUCUCAUCGCUGCUCAACCACGAUGAUAGACCAAGUCCCAAAAAGCGAGCCCUCUCGAAAGCUUUAUCUGCAGGUAAGACUCUAAAGUCUCUAUGUAUAUGAAACUUCUCUGGAAUUAGCAUGGUCUAAACCAUCUGAAAAAGAAUGGUGUCUACAAUAGCGUGUUACGUUGAUAUGCUUUGUUUCUCCUUCUUGCUGUCUGUUACUCUCUAGCCGUACCCCCGCACCUUGGGAUAUCACUUGCAAUACUCGCCGGUCAACAUUCCCAGAAUUCAAGGGCUUCAUUUCUACAAACAAGCUUGGAUAUUCAUUAUCGUUCUUCUUCGUCAUUUAGCACAUUACUAACAAGUGCAGGUGAACCUCAAAAAAGCAAUGGCUCCUCAGUUGCAGAAUGGUCAGAUGACAGAGAUGUUGAUGAUGCAGUAGACGUUACUUCUCGUACAGCUGUGUCAGGAACUAUGACCCUGCCAAACGUUACAUUCACGUCAGGAGAAUCCACCGUCUUGGAAGAUACAACCACCUCACAAAAUACAAAUCCGCCCAAAAAACGAGGCGUAACAAUGAGGAUCGUUAGCAGAGACAGGAAAGGGAGAGAUGAAACUGAAAAACCUAUCAAAUCGGCCAUGAAAAAGACAGCAAAGAAAGGCUACGGCGGAUUGCUAACGCCCAUCGACCCUCUGGAUUCCGCCAAGAUCGUGUCCACUGCUUCAGCCAAACUCACCUACCUCAUGGAUCAAAUUAGUCUGCAUUACGUCGCAGAGAAAAUUCUUGUGUUCUAUGAGUCUGAAAACACUGCUUAUUACAUUGCUCAAGCAUUGGAAUGCAUCGGUGUCAAACAUCUCAUUUAUGCUAAAUCUCUCUCCGCUCAUCGAAGAGCUCAGUACGUGGUGACUUUUAAUGGAAGUUCCCUGUUCCGCGUUCUCCUGAUGGAUGUCUCCCAGGCUGCUUUUGGACUCGACAUGUCUUCCGCAUCUCGUGUCUACUUUGUCAACCCAGUCUUCUCACCACAAAUCGAGGCACAAGCAGUGAAGCGAGCACAUCGUAUCGGGCAGUCCAAACCAGUCUUUGUGGAGACACUGGUGUUGAAGGGUAGCAUUGAGGAAGUGAUGAUGCGACGACGAGCAGAGAUGAGCACCGAGCAGCACUCGAAGUGCAAGAAUCUUCUAGAUGAUGACAAUAUGUAUGAGUGGGUGCGCAGUGUUAAUAUCGAGAGGCUCUUUGAGAUUGGAGAGGAUGUGGGGGAGACUGAGCAGAUGGAGAAGUUGAAGAGGAGCCAGAAGGUGUUUGGGAGGGGUGCGGGUACGAGUAGUGCGGUUCAUGAUCCGGAUGAAGACCUGAUUUUGCAUGAUGGACAUGAGCAAGGGAAUAAAGAUGAAGUUGAGAUGGAUUUGUAGAAGGUUUGCGGGUACAUUUGGUCGAAUCGGGUUUGGUAUAGAGUAUGCUGGGGCGUCUGGGUUGAAUUUGGCGUUUUUGGUGGUGCCAUGUGGGGGGUCACGGCUGAUAUCCUGGAAUCAAUUUUUCAGCAGACGUAAAUGGGAGUCAAACAGCCAUCGUAUGGGUUGAAAUUGGGAAUUUGGCGUUAAUGGGCAAUGGAGGGAUAACUGGGGAAAGCGAAGAUACCCAUGAAAAGCUUAGAGUAUUCUCCGUAUAGUAUCUGGUAUGUAGAACAAGAGAGGCAGAUAGCCACAUAGAUGACAAGCAACAGAUACUAAAAUUCCAGAAAUCAUUACAUCCCGUCUUAUGAUUUGUAGAGCUAGGACUUCUGGAGGAGUCCAUAUCGCAGGUGAAAAUUUCGACAAGAU